AUGUUUAAAUUUAUAACUCUUUUUGUAAUCUUUAUUGGAUUUACUUCUGCUCAAAAUCAAAUUGACAAUUAUUGUGAUCAAGUUCAAUUUUUACAUUGUUCAAAUCAAUUUGCUAACACACUUGGAUUAAGUCCUGAUCUUGUUUUUAAAAAUGCUACCGAUUUUCGCAUUCAAUUAGCCACACUUUUUUAUAUGGGAAAAAAUAAUGUUAACAAUUGGGUUAAUUUAUGUAAUUCUUUCAAUGCUUUCUAUCAAUGUCUUGGUCAAUUCAACUAUGCUGAAUGUUUAUCUCCAGUUGGAUUAAUUGUUAAUGGUGCAACACCAGAUGAUGCUUUUGAUUAUGAUGGAACAUUUAGACAAUAUAACUUUGAAUGUUCUGUUGGAUUUACUGCAUAUGGUGAUAGUUAUAAUUGUCUUGCUAGCACCUGGGCAAAUGCUGCUUCUCAACUUAUUACUUUAUCUUCUACUUAUAGAAAAAAUGUUAAUCACGAUCCAACUAAUGCUUGCAAAUAUGCUAAAGAUCUUCAAGAUGGAUAUGGUCAAGUUUUUGGAUCAUUAAACUGUAAAACAAAUAAAAAAUGGGCUACAUGGUGGGGAUGUAGUAUUGCUAAUGAAUAUGUUUCUGCUCAAUUCCAUCAUUGUAAUCACGUCAAUAAAUGUAUAUUUGAUCAAAUUUUAACUUCAACUAGCAUGGUUAAGUUUGACAAAAAUGGUAAAUUUUUAGUUAAAAUCCCAAAAACAUGGGAAAAAAAUGAAAUUACAGGAGAAUACUAUCAAGAAGAAGAAAAGUGGCUAUAA